AUGACGAGCGUGCUACGCAAUGUUUUAAGGAGUAGCAGGUUGCAGAGAUAUGCUCUUCUGCACCUGGUCCAGUUACAACAAUCGUAUAUCUUGUCAAGGGGGUUCCAAACGUCGCUACGUUCACUCGAUGAUUUGAAACAAAAACAGCCAGAGACUUAUGAAGAGGAAAAAGUUGUCAUUGAUGAGAUCAUGAAGAACCUUCCUGAAGAAGAUAUCAAUGCAUCCAAAAGGAUCAGAAAUAUCGGUAUCUCGGCACAUAUAGAUUCAGGUAAAACCACUUUUACUGAACGUGUUUUAUUCUACACUGGUAGAAUCAAAGCCAUCCACGAGGUCAGAGGACGUGAUUCGGUUGGUGCCAAAAUGGACCAUAUGGAUUUGGAAAGGGAGAAGGGUAUCACUAUUCAAUCCGCAGCCACGUACUGUUCAUGGGAUAAAGACGACAAGGCAUACCAUUUCAAUUUGAUUGACACUCCAGGCCAUAUUGAUUUUACAAUUGAAGUUGAAAGAGCAUUGCGUGUUUUGGAUGGUGCUGUUUUGGUGGUUUGUGCAGUUGCUGGAGUUCAAUCUCAAACCGUGACAGUCGACAGACAAAUGCGUCGUUACAAUGUUCCAAGAGUUACAUUCAUCAACAAGAUGGACCGUAUGGGUGCUAACCCAUGGAGGGCCAUUGAGCAAAUUAAUUUAAAGUUGAAGAUGCCGGCCGCAGCUAUCCAAGUCCCCAUUGGUGCUGAAGAUGAAUUGAAAGGUGUUGUCAAUAUUAUUGAUCGCGUUGCUUUGUACAAUGAAGGUGCACAAGGGGAGACCAUUAGAGCUGCCGAGGUACCUGCAGAGUUGAAAGAUUUGGUUGAGGAGAAAAGAGCAUUGUUGAUUGAAACUUUGGCUGAUGUUGAUGAAGAAAUGGCUGACAUUUACUUGGAAGGUGAAGAACCCACAGUGGAGCAAAUCAAGGCUGCAAUUAGGCGUGCAACCAUUGGAAGGAAGUUUACUCCUGUGCUUAUGGGGUCGGCUUUGGCCAACAGAGGUAUUCAGCCAGUGUUGGACUCAGUUGUUGAUUACUUGCCACAACCUAACGAGAUUUUAAACACUGGUUUGGAGAUCCACAAGGACGGAAGUGAGACACCAAUCAAUUUGAUCCCAUCCAGUGCUGCUCCAUUUGUAGGAUUGGCGUUCAAAUUGGAAGAGGGCCCAUAUGGUCAAUUGACAUACAUCAGAGUAUAUCAAGGUAAAUUGAAAAAGGGAGCAUACAUGACCCACAUCAAAACCGGCAAAAAGGUUAAAGUUUCAAGAUUGGUGAGAAUGCAUUCGAAUGAUAUGGAGGAUGUAGCUGAAGUUGGAAGUGGUGAGAUUUGUGCUACAUUUGGUAUCGAUUGUGCUUCAGGGGACACUUUUAUUGGCCAAGGCUCAUCACAACAGAUUGCCAUGAGUUCAAUGUUUGUCCCGGAAGCGGUUAUUUCAUUGAGUAUUGCACCCAAGUCCAAAGACAAUGGUGCAUUCUCCAAAGCCAUGAAUAGGUUCCAAAAAGAAGACCCCACUUUUAAAGUGCAUUACGACUCCGAGUCGAAAGAAACUAUUAUCUCCGGAAUGGGUGAGUUGCAUUUGGAAAUUUAUGUUGAGAGAAUUAAGAGAGAAUAUGGUGUUGAUUGUGUUACUGGAAAACCUCAAGUUGCUUAUAGAGAAGCUAUUACGGCGCCUGCAAGUUUUGAUUUCACCCACAAGAAACAAUCCGGUGGUGCUGGUCAAUAUGGUAGAGUUGUUGGUGAGAUGAAUCCGAUUGAAGGUGAAAACAAAUUCGAGACUCAAAUAGUUGGUGGUAAAAUUCCUGAAAAAUUCUUGUUGGCAUGUAACAAAGGGUUUGAUGACUGUUUGGAAAAAGGUCCAUUGAUUGGGCACAAGGUUUUGGGUGUUUCUAUGCUUAUCAAUGAUGGUCAAACCCACGUUGUGGAUUCUUCGGAAUUGGCAUUCAGAACCGCUACCCAAGGUGCUUUCAGACAAGCUUUCCUCAAUGCGUCUCCAGUGAUUUUGGAGCCAAUUAUGAAUGUUGAAAUCACGGCACCAAAUGAGUUUCAGGGAUCGGUUGUUGGGUUGGUCAACAAGUUGGGUGGUAUGAUUAACGAAACUGUUAACGGACAGGACGAGUUUACUGUCACUGCUGAGUGUUCGUUGAAUUCAAUGUUUGGAUUCUCUACAAGUUUGAGAGCAUGUACUCAAGGUAAAGGAGAGUUUUCAUUGGAAUUCCUCAAGUAUUCUCAAGCCAGUCCUCAGUUGCAAAAGCAAUUAAUCAGUGAUCACGAAAAAGCUCACGGUAACAAAAAGUGA